UCUGAUCUAGAUGUAAAAGUUGGGGAUGAACUCUUGGUGGAUGGUGGGAUGGUGAGGUUUGAGGUGAUUGAGAAGAUAGGUCCUGAUGUCAAGUGUCGAUGUACUGAUCCUGGAUUGUUGCUUCCCCGAGCAAAUUUGACUUUCUGGAGAGAUGGAAGUCUUGUACGAGAACGUAAUGCCAUGCUUCCCACAAUUUCUUCCAAGGAUUGGUUGGACAUUGAUUUUGGGAUUGCAGAAGGUGUUGAUUUUAUUGCAAUAUCCUUUGUAAAGUCUGCUGAAGUGAUUCAUCAUCUUAAAAGCUAUAUAGCUGCCCGGGCCCGUGGCAAUGAAAUUGCUGUCAUUGCAAAGAUAGAGAGUAUUGACUCAUUGACGAACUUGGAAGAGAUUAUUCGAGCAUCAGACGGAGCUAUGGUUGCAAGAGGUGAUCUUGGUGCUCAGAUACCGUUAGAACAAGUUCCAUCAGCUCAGCAAAAGAUUGUUCAGCUGUGCAGGAACCUAAAUAAGCCAGUCAUUGUAGCUUCUCAACUACUAGAAUCUAUGAUUGAAUACCCUACGCCCACAAGAGCUGAAGUUGCUGAUGUGUCUGAAGCAGUUAGGCAGAGAGCUGAUGCUUUGAUGCUCUCUGGUGAGUCAGCUAUGGGCCAGUACCCAGAGAAAGCACUGGCUGUUCUGAGAAGUGUCAGUUUAAGAAUUGAAAAGUGGUGGAGAGAAGAGAAACACUAUGAAGCCAUGGAACUCCCUCAUGUAGGAUCUUCAUUUUCGGAUAGUAUCUCAGAAGAGAUUUGCAAUUCUGCUGCCAAGAUGGGUGUGUUUUUAAACUUAAAAUAUUUUAGACAUAUUUGGCUUUUCUUUCCUCAGUUAAUGGCUUUUUCUGUCAUGCAUGAAUGUGAUUGGGAUCUUUUAGAUUGAGUGUAUUUGUGAAAA